AUGCCUCUGAAGCUUCCCGGGACAGGUGCUCCGGCUCAUUCUGCCGCUCGCCUCCCGGAGGACGCACAGACACACAACCAGGCCAAUCCGACCGACGCACAACGCCAGAGUCGGGGGUUUCUCUGGCUCUUCCCGCCUCCACUUCUGGGUUUUUCUUUUCCUGGAGAGACCAUGAAUCCGGAGUACUACAUCUCCACCAUCGGCGUGGACUUCAAGAUCAGGACCAUCGACAUGGAGGGGAAGACCGUCAAGCUGCAGAUCGUGCGUUGGGACACGGCCGGGCAGGAGAGGUUUCGGACCAUCACCUCCAGCUACUACCGAGGGGCCCACGGCAUCAUCAUCGUGUAUGACGUCACGGAGCAGGAGUCGUUCAACAACGUGAGGCAGUGGCUGGAUGAGAUCGAGCGCUACGCCUGUGAGAACGUGUCCCGGCUGCUGGUGGGAAACAAAUCUGACCUCGUUAGUAAGAAAGUUGUGGAUGCUGCCUCCGCUCAGGUAACGGGAACAGCGAGCAUCACUUUCAGAGCUCAGGAGCUGGCCUCCACCCUGAAGGUUCCCUUCAUGGAGACGAGCGCCAAGAGCUCCGUCAACGUGGAGCGGGCUUUCCUCACCAUGGCCUCGGAGAUCCACAAGCGCCUGGCCAGCGACGGAGGGGGCAUCCAGGGCCAGGUCACGGACCCCCGGGCCCAGGGAGCCAAGAUCAGCAGCGCCCCCCUGUGGCUGGGGGCGGAGAAGCAGGCGCCGGAGGCCGGCAGCUGCUGCUGAGACGGCAGCCAGGAGGACUUUGCACACACCCGAGUCUUCUCAGGUUUUUGUCAUGAGCACUGGUUCAUUUUAGGUUUGACUGCGGUGUAAUUUUAAUUAAAGUAUUUUUGAUUAACAUGACUUAAAAAACGAACGAACAACAGACAAAAUGUAAAUGUUUCAUCCAAAUGAACUACUUGCCUUCCACAUCCGAAAUAACAGCAGUUGGGAAUGUAUUUCAUUGUAUUUCUGUAUGUUUAUCUGAGUACUUUAUGGUGCUGUUGUAAUUUAAAUGAGCAUCUAGAGUCGAACUGUCAGUUUCCUUUAUUUAUGUUGGAUUUUAUUAAACUAUUUCGGUCAUGUCCAUAAGUAUGUCUCUGAUUUAAAAAAAAAAGUCAC